CACACGCAAAGCAAAAAAAAUCCCUUGUUUAAAAAAAUUAAACAAAUUUACCCUUAUCAAUUGCUGAAUUACUAAUCAGAAUUACACUGCUGUGUCUGCUUUUGAUUCAAUGGCCUCUGUGCCUGUCUCUUCUUCUUCUAUAUGCUUAUCUCAAAGAAAGCAAUAUUCUAACAGCUAUGGAGUAUCGGAACAUAAUUUAAGGUCUGGUUCGGAUAGUUUCAGAUUUAGGUCUUCUUUGAAGAAGAAUCGUGUAGUUAGGUUUUGUAUAUGUAGAGCAGCUUCUUCUUCUUCUUCUGCCACUACUGGUGCUGCUGCUGUUGUGUUUGGUGAUCUUGAUGCUGAUGAUUUUCGACAUCCGCUUGAUAAACAGAAUACGCUGCUGUUAAGAGCAAUUCCGGGGCUAAAUGAGAUAGGGAAGGCUAUUUUAGGAACUAUGACGGAGCAAGUCAUGCUGCUCGAGAAUAUCGGAACUUCAGUUCUUGUUUCUAAAAAUCAGCUCUCUGAACUUCACCAAUUGAUGACCGAGGCUGCAGCAAUACUGAAUCUUGAGGCUCCUGAUCUCUAUGUGCGCCAAAGUCCUGUACCAAAUGCAUAUACUUUGGCUAUAAGUGGUAAAAAGCCUUUUGUGGUCAUCCAUACAAGUCUAGUGGAGCUUUUGACACGAAAGGAAUUGCAGGCUGUUUUAGCUCAUGAGCUAGGUCAUUUGAAAUGUGAUCAUGGUGUAUGGCUUACUUUUGCCAAUAUUCUUACCCUUGGAGCCUAUACAGUACCUGGCAUUGGUAGACUGAUAGCCCAGAGUUUGGAAGAACAAUUAUUACGCUGGCUUCGAUCAGCCGAGCUGACUUGUGAUCGUGCAGCCCUUCUUGUAGCCCAAGACCCUAAGGUGGUCAUCUCCGUUUUGAUGAAAUUAGCUGGAGGAAGCCCAUCCAUAGCUGAUCAAUUGAAUGUGGAUGCAUUUUUGGAACAAGCUCGUUCUUAUGAUAAAGCUUCUUCUAGUCCAAUUGGGUGGUACAUAAGAAAUGCUCAAACACAGCAACUUUCGCAUCCUCUGCCUGUUCUACGCGCCCGUGAAAUUGAUGAAUGGUCCAGAAGUAAAGAAUACAGAACUCUUCUGCAACGUGGAAUACAGAAGAAUGUUGUACAAAAUAUAUAGCACAGCGCACCAUACAGUCAAAUCUUGAUAAAUUGAGCAGGUUUCCUCUUUAUUAUGCUUAAGAUGGAGGAGCAAGAGUUGAUCAUUUGCAAUUAGAUUUAUGACAAAACACCUUUGGUUUAUCUUGUUACUUAAUUUGACAACAGAAUUAUACGUCAGAAUGCACAUGCAUCAAUCUUGUAUAUGUAUAAUAGAAAGGUCUGAAAAACGAUCACAUUUUAUAUCGUUGUACAAUGGUUCUUGCCAUAACAAUUGUCAUCAGAAUGUAUAGAAACCGAUUUAUACAAUUGUAGAGUCGGAACAUAGUUGCUGAAUAUAUGUUUAUUUUCGAAUCA